AGCAGAUUUCUGGAUGGAUCAUUUCAAAGGAUUGGUGUAUGAAGAACUGCUGGAAAUAGGAAAUCCUCUACAUAAAUCCUGUAUACAAUUUGUUUAUCUUCCACUGAUAAAGAGAGAUCUAAAAGAUAUAAUGGACCAAUGGAAUACUCAUUCCAUACGAAGACAGAAGCUGGGAGAUACCCUGCAUGGAAUUCCAGAAGUAUUGUUUCAAAAUCCUGAAGUUGUUGGUGCUUCAAACUACUUACAUCCUGUUCAGAGAAACGUUGUGACUGAGUUACAGAGACUUGUCAGAAAUAAUUUCAAGGAGAUUGACGAGGAUUUUGCUUCCGUAGCCUCAUUUAUAUUGAGCCAUUAUAAUUUGCCUUUCCCAGUCAACAUAACUGACAUGACUUGUGCUCGCCAUCUGUACAUUUUUCUAAGCGAGUUUAUGUCUCUUUUAUUGACUUGAUAUAUGAAAUAUCAUUAUAUGUAUGAAUGUAUGUAUGAAGGUAGAUCAUGUCACAAUGUAAUGUCACAACUGCAGUAAAAAUUCCAGUUAUGUAAUAGUUUCUACUGUCAGAUAGUUACAUGUACUGGCUUAUAGCAGGAAGAAAUACUUUGUUCAAAAUCCAGAAACACUAUAGAUAUAUGCCCCCUUAUCUUUUUUUUUUAACUUUAGAAUAUCAAUUUCAUUCAUUGAUAUUUUCUCUUUAUGUUAGCAAUAUUUUUUUGAUACCUGAUGUAUUAUGUUAUACUUAUUGUACUUCAAGGAUGCUCUGUUUUCAUUUCCAUCAAGGAUAAAAGAAGUGAAU